AUGUGGACGGGUACAUGGUGGUCUGCUGUGCAGUCCCUUCUACCCGACAAAUCCACUGUAGCUCCAGUCAUAAUCGCCACAGACAAGACCCAUCUCACCCAAUUCUCUGGCAACAAAUCCGCUUACCCCGUCUAUCUUACUCUUGGUAACAUACCAAGAUCUAUCCGUCGAAGGCCUUCCCAACUUGGCACCACAAACGUCCGCCACAACCAUAACCGACACCAACACGCAUGUAUCCUCAUCGGCUACCUUUCCACGGACAAACUAGACUCCUCUGAUCUCACUGCUCAUGAGAAGCGAGCGCGUGGCCAGCGAUUGUUUCACGAAUCUAUGCGCCACAUUCUGCACCCUCUCAUCAAGGCAGGCUCUGAAGGUGUCAAGAUGACUUGCGCUGAUGGCCUUAUACGUCGAAUCCAUCCUGUCCUUGCCUCUUACGUGGCGGAUUACCCAGAGCAAUGGCUUGUUACCUGCUCUAAACCAGGAACUUGUCCGAAAUGCUCCUGUCCUGCG